UAGAGUCUCGCUCAUAGACAGAAUUCCCAUUGCUAUCCUUGUCAACUCAAAUUAACCCACAAUAGAAAAUUCACAGAUUCAUUUUAUUUUCUCUCAUUGUUUCUUUUGUUGUCAUAUUUUCAAAAUAAAUUCUUCAACAUUUUCUUAGUUCUGAUCUUUUUCUCACCCAAAUUUCUUUUUUCUCUUGUUUCUUCAGCCAUCAUUCCACAAAACAAUAACCUCAACAAAAAAAACCACAACAGAAAACAGAAAAAAGGUAGGUUGGGUUAAAUGCUUCCAUUUUUGAAGCAGAGAUACAAAUCCAAUUGUUGAAAACACAUCGACCCAAUUGAAGAACUAUUUCAAAGUUUUCAUCUUUUGGUAUUCUGAGUAACAAGAAGCUUCAAACAUUAAAAGGAGUGCGCAGGGGAAAGGAAAUUACGGAUCGGGGAAAAUUGGUAAUUCAGAAGAGAUAAUUGGGUGUGCGUUCAUGAAAUCGUUGUUGAGAUCCGCCGUAAUAUUGGUUUUGCCGGCAGUGUUAAUUGUCGGCGCGUUGGUGUACACGCGGUUCAUCGAAACACCGGACAUUUUCUCCGGUGUUUCAUCUACCGAACCAAUCCUAAUCACCAAAGCAUACGAAACACCAAUAAAGCCCCUGAAUCAAAUUGAGAUUCCACUCAAUUGCAAUGGAUACAACCUCACCAAAACAUGUCCAUCUAACAAUUCUGAAAUUUCUUUCUUUAAUCAAGACCGUUCAUCUAACUCCACGUGUCCCGAUUACUUCCGUUGGAUCCACGAAGAUUUAAGGCCAUGGGCCCACACAGGAAUAACAAUGGAAAUGGUAGAGAAAGCAAAACCAACAGCAAAUUUCAAAUUAGUGAUAUUAAAAGGAAAAGUAUAUUUAGAAACAUAUGAGAAAGCUUUUCAAACAAGAGAUACUUUUACUCUAUGGGGUAUCCUACAAUUGCUAAGGAGGUACCCUAGAAUGUUACCUGAUUUGGAGCUUAUGUUUGAUUGUGUUGAUUGGCCUGUUGUUUCAAUUGGUCAAAAUAAUGUUAUUGACCCACCUCCACUCUUUCGAUACUGCGGUAACGAUGAUACAUUAGAUCUCGUUUUUCCUGAUUGGUCCUUCUGGGGAUGGGCUGAGGUUAAUGUAAAACCAUGGGAGAUUUUAUCGGGAGAGUUGAAAGAAGGCAACAAGAGGAUUUCAUGGGAUAAGAGAGAACCUUAUGCUUAUUGGAAAGGUAAUCCAAGUGUUGCUAAAACAAGACAAGAUCUAAUGGCAUGUAAUAUUUCAGACAAACAAGAUUGGAAUGCUCGUUUAUAUGCUCAGGAUUGGGGACGAGAGUCACAGGAAGGGUACAAGAAAUCAGACUUGACAAAUCAAUGCACUCAUAGAUAUAAGGUGUACAUAGAAGGGUCAGCUUGGUCAGUGAGUGAAAAAUACAUUCUAGCAUGUGAUUCUCCCACUUUACUUGUGAAACCUCAUUAUUAUGAUUUCUUCACAAGAGGGUUAGUUCCGGUGCAUCACUAUUGGCCCAUUCAGGAAGAUGAUAAAUGCAAGUCCAUUAAAUAUGCUGUGGAUUGGGGCAACACUCACACUAAAAAGGCACAAAAUAUUGGAAAAGCAGCAAGUGAUUUCAUUCAACAAGAGUUGAAGAUGGAUUUUGUGUAUGACUAUAUGUUUCAUCUCUUAAAUUCCUAUGCUAAACUCUUUAGAUACCAACCCUCCAUAAGUGAUAAAGCUGUUGAACUAUGUGUGGAAUCAAUGGUGUGUAAUGCACAAGGAAUAGAAAAGAAAUUUAUGUUGGAAUCAUUGGUCAAGGGCCCUUCAAACACUGAUCCAUGCAUCAUGCCUCCACCUUAUGAUCCUCCAUCUUUGCAAACACAAAUAAAAAGAAAACAAAGUUUAAUUGAACGAAUCGAAUACAAGGAGAAGAGUUAUUGGAAGAAAAAAAAUGUGACAUCGUAAUGUAUAUUUUUAUUACGGAAUUUUAAUGCAAGUGGUUGAUACGUUGAACAUAUGAAUGUUGUAAACCCUUCUAUUACGACUUUGGUUUUUAAUCAUUGCAAAAAAAAAUGUCAUCAUUGUUAGAGAUUAAUGUUUAUCCCUUCCCACAUAGAGUUUUGGGGUAGACAAAAUUUUUGUAUCCAUUGUCUCGUAUAUAGUUUGCUAAAUAAAAUAUAUCUACAAAAAGUAGUACUAUGCUUCAUCA